AUGAGAUUCGGAAACGAUGGCCCAAUUUCUAGCUCAAGGAUGGUGCGAAGGAGAAAGCCUCUUCCCGAGGACCACAAGUGGAAAGCCAAAUCCCGGUGGUGUGUCGGAGGACACACUGAUCCGGACACGGGCUCCCUUACUACGUACUCUCCGACGCCUCAAGGCGAGGGCAUGAUGGCUUUCAUGCAAACCAGCCUCAACCUCGGGCAUCGUUUUUCCUUUACGGACGUCCGGAACGCCUUCUGUCAGUCAGAUAAGCUGGUGAGGCCUCGAGGACCCAUCUACGCCUCUCCCUGUGAGGGGCUAGGGCUCCCCGAAGGGGCUCUCAUAGCCAUAGACGUCCCGGUGUACGGGCUGGACGAUGCGCCCGCUGCCUGGAGGACGACAGUGGUCCGACACCUGAUCGACGAGAUGGGCUAUGUCCGAAAUCUGGUGGAGCCUUGCUGGUUCAUGAAGUUUGAGGAGAGCUCCGAAGGGAAGAAGAAGAAUGUCUCCCAGAUCCUCCUGGAGGUCGACGACUUCAUCGUGACCGCGCUUCCAUCCCACGAGGCCGAGGUCGAGCGGCGUCUGCGAGAAAGGUUCCACUUCGGCAAGUGGGAAAGGAAUGAGGCCGAGUACGCCGGACGCCGUGUCCGAGUUCUUCACGAUCGGAUCCUGGUGGACCAGGGAAAGUACAUCCGAGAACAGGUGCGCCCGGUGCCGCUGGAGAAAACACGAAAGCAGGACAAGAAGAGUCCUCUUCUAAAGGAGGAGUUCGAGAUGCUCAGAUCAUGCAUCUACAAGAUCCCCUGGCUGGCGAAGGAAUCCCGGCCGGAGAUGGCCGGACUUGCAUCGAUUAUGGCAUCUCGGUUGACGGUGGCUACAAUCGAGGACGUGAUGACCGUGAACAAGUGCGUGAACCACUUGAACAACACCGCCGACCGAGCCAUUACAUUGUGGAAGUUCGUCCCCGACGAGAUGUCCUUUGUGGUGGUGACGGACGCCGGCGGCAUCACAACACGUCCGGGCGAGGAGGAUGAGAUGGGGCUGCCGGUGGACGCCACUCAAGGUGCAUGGGCCGUCAUCGCCACGUCCCAUCUUCCCACAGGAAGGGAGAGAGUCAAAGGAUCCCUUCUGGCCUGGCGGUCCAGCAAGCUGAAGCGCAAGGUGUUCUCCAGCUUCGGAGGAGAGGCCCAGGCAAUGCUCCAGGGAAUCAACGAAGUGGACUGGCUCCAGGUGAUGGUUCGAGACGCGGUGAUCCACGACGUGCAGCUUCGGGACUGGAGGAACAGUCUAUCUCCGCAUAUGCUGGUUCUCCGCGGAGAAUGUCAGCUCCAUGGGAGGCAGCAACAAUGUUCAGUCACCGACGCCAAGUCAUUGUUCGAUUGCAUCUUGAAGGAGAACCCUCAAGGCCGUCAGGACAGAAAGGCGGCCCUAGAGUUGGCGAUCGUGGUGAAGGACUUGCAGGAGACAAGGUCCUUUGUUCGUUGGACGCCCCACCAGAAGAACAUCGUCGACAGCCUCACCAAGAUCGACCCCCUAAAAGGGAAUGGAGCGAUGGAAGAUUUCCUCAAGAGUGGCAUUUUGUCACUCGUCGAUGUGAAGGAGGAGCUCGAGAAUCGAGCCUCCGAUCCCCGUUUCAGGCGUAGAAGCCAUUCUGCCUCAGUUGCCAGACUGCUGCAGGAGCAUCAGAACGACUACAUGACACUUUGGUCAACCUUAAUUUGGGGGAACUGUGAAGUCGUUCUUGAGGUCUUCGGAGGGCUUUUGAGAGCUAUUGACCAAAGGGACAUGUAG